CUAAAUUCCAAAAUGUGCAAAAAUGAAGAAAUCUAAACUCACUAGACCGUCCUUUCCUCCUUCACCGUGUACCGCGUUCUACUAAAAUCAACGCUUUAAAAUCUCUCCUCUCCUGUAUAUAUUUAAUCCCUUCUCUCUCUUCCUUUCUACACCCAAAAAAACAAAUAAAAAACAUCUUUUUUUCUCUUUAAAAAAGGAGUGAUAAAUAAAUAAGAAAAGAAAACGAAAAUGUUACUAAGAAGUGCAUCAACUCCAUUGCUGAAUUCAUGGGCUCUGAAUAAUACAACAUCUGGAGCAUCCAUUUCUACUACUUCUUCACCCGAACCCAACAAAUCAAACAUUUCUUUAACGCCGUCGUGUUGUUCUCGAUCCAGAUUGGUCCGAGCUUCUUCUGAGUCGGAUCUACGUCACCUUAGCGUCGUUUCACCUAAGUUAAACCCAUUCGGGUCUGGUUAUGGGUUGGAAUCCGGGUUCGGUUUCGGUUCUGCAUCGAGACUGCUGAUGAAUAGUGGGUUGGGUUUGAGAGAGAGAGUUGUGGAGGAUGAGGAAGAGGAGUGUGAUGUUGUGGAGAGAGAAAAUAUGGGUUUGAGUUGUGAUGGAUCCGGUGGUAUAGGUGGUGGGUUUGACGGCGGAAAUGGGUUCGGAUUUGGGUUUGGAAGUUGGGAUUCGAAUAACGAAAAUGGUGGUGAAAGUACUGAUUUGUAUUAUCAGAAAAUGAUUGAGGCUAAUCCUGGGAAUCCUCUUCUUUUGGGUAACUAUGCCAAAUUCUUGAAAGAGUUCCAAGGAGACUAUGUUAAAGCAGAAGAGUAUUGUGGGAGAGCAAUACUAGCAAAUCCCAGUGAUGGGAAUCUUCUAUCGCUCUAUGCAGAUUUGAUAUGGAAGACUCAGAAAGAUUCAUCAAGAGCUGAAACUUACUUUGAUCAGGCUGUCAAAGCAUCCCCUGAUGACUGUUACGUUCUAGCUUCAUAUGCACACUUCCUUUGGGAUGCCGAUGAAGAUGAAGAGGAAGACAAGGAAGAUAUGAAAAUGUGUAGCAAUUCAAUGCCAUUGCCAUCAAGGUACUUCGAAGGCGUUCCUCCUCUCCCGCCUCCUUUAGCUGCUGCUUCUUGAGGAUAUAUUUGUGGCUUAUCCCUGUUUAUGUCGGUAUUAGUACUAGUCAUGUAACUUUACUCUUCAGCCUUUGUGUUCUACCUGUAUUUGCUAACCUUAAAAUUAAGUAAUUAUCCUGGUUGACCUUAUUAAGCUAUAGUUGUAGGAUCUUCUCCCCUUUGGCUAACUAAAAUUGUGUAAAAGCUGCUUGUGAUGUAUAUAUUUUGUGAUCAUAAAUAAAUACAACAGUUUUCAGCUUUGAAUUCA